AGACUUCAUUGAGCAGCACUAUGUGACCCUGAAGAAGGCAAAUCCAGACUUCCCCAUCCUGAUCCGUGAAUGCUCCGGUGUUCAGCCCAAGCUCUGGGCUCGAUAUGAGUUUGGCAAGGAGAAGAGCGUGCCGCUGGACAACCUGACCGCAGACGAAGUGGCCAAGGCCUUGGAGAGCAUUGUGAAGAGCAAGGCGUGA